UAACUAAUUAUAUAUGCAUACACUUACACUGAUGUUUAAAAGAGCUGUAAUUCUUGUAUGACCCAUGAACUUCAUUGUUUUGCUUUGAGUUUUAACAAACACUAAACAAAUUUUAUAGGCCCCCUCUUGCUAAUGUUUGGAUUUUCCUUGAAGUAAAAUUCUGAGAAGCUAACUGAAGCCAGAGAGGAUUUGUACAGGCACAUAGAACUUUCAUUGCCAGCAUUGGCUGAGAUGAGAGAGUAUAAUAGUCUGCCAAUCUAAGGAACAGGAAACUAUCAUAAGCACUUUAUAAUUUAUGGUAGUAACAUAUAUGUCUGCUGUUCAAUUGAUAGCAAAAUAUUUUAAUUGACUUUUGGGACACAGUGUAAGUAAAGAUUUUACAGAAAAUUGCCAUUGAGUAUUUUUAAGGGAGCAAUAAUAUUGGUCUUAAUUAUAAAAUUGAAAUACUUUUAAAUUAGUAUCCUGUUUCACUUCUAAAAUUAUACCAGUCUUUCAGCAUUUUGGUAUAUUUCAUUAUCAUUUCAUUGUAUAUAUUAAAAAAAAAGUUUUGAAGAAUUCUAAGUAAAUGCAAAUUUUAAAGCAGAAGGUCAACAGAUUUUCAAAACUUUUAGAAAAGGCAUAUCAGUGAGUGCAUCAGAAGAUUUCCCAAGUGGAGGAAGGUAUAAUAGAACUUUAGUUUUUACCUCGGUUCACACUGCCUCCUUCACGCAUUGCACGUACUCUAGUUGUGAUCAUGGCUACAGAGUUGCAUUCACUUUGAGUGCUUCAAUAGUGAAAAAAGGGCAGUACAUUUGCCAUCAAAAGCAUGUUGCGUUCUUCUAAUACAUAUACUUCUAAAUCCAUUUCAUUUAUAAUACUUCACCUUUUAUGCUAUCUUUUAGUCUCACCACAUAAAUUGUUUCUUUUAUCAUUCAGUUUUUUUCUGUAGUCUUUUUCUUUUGUUGUCGCUUGUUCUUAAUGCUUUCCUUCUUUCUUUUUAAUUUUCUGCUUCUCAUGUGGAAUAGAAGAACAAUAAAAAUGUGAAACUGAAAAGAGAUGGUAAGGGUGGGCUGGAAAAUGUUGAUUUUGAUUUCAUGCAGAAAGGAUCAGAAUUAGACUCUGGUUCCUUACAAAAGCAAUCUUCACUUUCGGAGUCACCAGGACAAAAUGCAGAUUUAGAAAAAAGUAGUGCCUUUGUAGGGAAGCCCGUGGCCAAAAAAAAUACAAGGAAAGGUAAAUCUCAGCAUACACAAAGUGUUAGUACUUCAAAAAGUGGUGUUCAGCACGUUAGCAGGGACAAAUGCAAAUUAGUGAAAAGGGAAAAAGAAUAUUCAGAAAAUCCUGAAAUUAUCAGGGAAGAAAUAACCUAUUGUUUUCCCAAUGAAAAAACAAAUGAUUCUGAUAAAAAGUUAAAAGUUGUUAGGUCUAAGCAAUCCCUUAAAAUUGACGUACUUCCAUCUGCAUCCAGUGAUCAGCCCCAGAUUGGUUCAUUAACUGUAGAAGAAUGCAAUCUUGUUAAAAAGCAAGGAAGUCAAGAAGCAGUAGAAAGUGGAAAAAAAAUAAAGAGUGCUGCUGAAAAAUCUAAUUCGUGUGAAAGAGGGAAACAAAGUACUGAAAAGCAGAGGGAGUUUAAAAAAAAGGACCCAUUAUUUAAACAAAUAGCUGUAUCUACAUCAUCAUCUUCAAGUGAAGAAAGUAGUAAUAGUCUUGCAAAACAUGUUCUUAAGAGUAGGGAAAAAGAAGGGUUCUGCUAUGAAGACAGAAAGAUCCGGAAGUCAAUAAAAACAGAAAAUGUAAAAGAUCUGGACUUACAAAAAGAAGGCAGUGAGAUUGAAGAGGUGCAAGCUACAAACAGUGAGAAAGAGUAUAUAGAAGCCAUUGAUAUAAAAAGCAUGAAUGAGGAUGAGACAUACUCUGAAGCUAAAUUUGAUGAAGAUAGACAGUUAGAAACAAAAAAUGAUGAGGAAUCUAAUCAAGAACAGGAGAGCGAAGACAGUGAAAAAGGUGAAAGUGAAAAAGAAAAUGGAUGUCAACUGAAUGAAGCAGUUGACAGUGAAGUUGAAGUAGGGGAGGAAGAUGAAGAGGCUGAGGUUGAAAAAGAUACAGACAAAGUCAUUUCUGCUGAAAGAGAUGAAGAUGAUGAGGGAAAAGAUAAUGAAGAAAAUGAAAGAGAUGAAUCACAAAUUGAAAGAGAUAGUGAAAGUGGGGAUGCAGAAGAGGUUGAAGUGAGUCAUGAAAAAUGUGUCACAGCUCAAGGAGAUGAAGAAGGCAGAUUGAUAGAGGAAGCAGAAAUACAGAGUGAGGGAGAAAAAGAGGAUAUUGAAGAAGAGGAGGAGGAUGUAAAAGAGAAACAAACUGAAAAGGAAGAGGGGGAACAGGAUAAAAGUGAAGGAAGAGAUGAGAGUGAGGAAGGAGGUGAAAAUAUAGAGGAGGAGGAGGAACAAAAAGAGAUUGAAGCAGAACAGGAAGGAGAAGAUGGAAAGGAAAGUGAAGAAAAAGAAAGGGAGACUGAAGGAGAUGGUGAAGAGGAGGAGUUAGAAGAAGCCUUGUCAGGAAGGGAAGAACAAGAGAUAUCCAAAGAAGAAUGGAAAGAGGAAGACAGAAAUAAGAGGGCUAAGGAGAUGAGGGAGGAUGGAUUAGAAGAGGAAGGAGAAGAGGGGGAGGAUGAAAUAGAAGAGCAAAGAGAAGAAGAGGAGGAGGCAGAGGAAGGAGCAGAGAUAGAAACAGAAGGGGAGAAGAGUGAAGAAGAUGAAAACAAGGAAGAGGAGGAAGGAGGAAAUGAAGAAGAGGAAGGAGAAGAAGAAGAAGAAGCAGAAGAUGAAGAAGAGGGAGAAGAGAUGGAAGAAGAUGAGGGAAAAGGAGAGGAAGAAGAGGAAGUAGAACUAGAAGAAGAGAGUAAAGAAGAAGCAGAAGAAGAGGAAGAAGAAAUUGAGGAGGAAGAGGGAGAGGGAACUGAAGAAGAAGAGGGAGAGGGAACUGAAGAAGAAGAGGGAGAGGGAGCUGAGGAGGAAGAGAGAGGGGAAAAGCAAGAAGAGGAAGAGGGAGAGGGAGAAGAAGAAGAAGAAAAAGAACAGGAAGAAGAGGAAGGAGAGGAAGAGGAGGAAGAUGUAGAGGAAGUAGAAGAAGGGGGAGAUGAAGAGGAUGAAGAUGAGGGUCAGGAGGAAGAAGAGGAGGAUGGAGAGGGAGAAGAAGGGGAGGAAGAAGAAGAAAAAACAAAAGAUGAAAGAAAAAUUGUUAAUAAUAAGCUUCCACAAAAGAAAAGCAAAACCGGGAAACCAGGGAAGACAGAAAGUUCUGCUGUACUGAACAGCUCCAAACAAAAAAUGAAGUCAAAACAGCAUGUGGCAAAUGGUUUGCAUAAUUCAGAACAAUUUUGGAACAAUGUGCUGCCUCAUUAUUUAACACUAAAAUAGUAUAGACUAGUGGAGAUGCAUCUUGAGUCUACUCAGGAAAAUCUGAAACUAUGGCAAAUUGAUUUUUAAAUGCAGCCAAAAACUUGUUAUACAUAUAUUUUAAGUGCCUAUUUAUUGAAAAAGACUGAAGAAAAUGCGUGGAUUUGAGAAGCUUUUAUGAGAUAAAUCAUAUACUUUUUUGAUACAAUCAUUUAUACAAUCAUCUUUAUCAUAUUUGACACAGAUUUAAAAGAACUGCUAAGGAGGCAGAAUGUGUUUGCCUGAAAUUAUAACUUCAUGCUGAUAACAUGAAUUAUACAUUGUAACAGUGUAAUCUUCUUUGCAUCUGAAUCAGAUUUCUUGAGGUAAUACAUGAAUUUUAGUUGCAACUUACUUGUUAAUGUGCCUUAUAUGAAAAGAAUGUCAGUAAAUCGUAAAGGAUACCUAUUUUAAAAUUUUGGUAUCACUCCAUUCCCCCUACUUUUCUUGUGUUCAUAUAUAGGUAAAAUGUUUGUUCAAAUAAAUUAGUGGACAAGUUGCCAAAUACACUUGGGUCAGUAGAUGAGAGGAAAAUGGGAAUGUAAGCCUAGGCAAAAGGUGGCCUGGGCUUUUCCAAAGGCCUUAAAGGUUGACUUCAAAUUUUGGUGUCAGCACGCAAUUAUGUGCAUAAAAGCUGAACAUGAGCCUCAGAAUUUGGCCUAGAUUGCAUUAUAGUCAGAAUGCAUUCUCUUUAGUGAUAAUUUUUGACAGUUACUUUUCAUGAUUUGACAUAAUUAAGAAUUUGAAAAUAUACCUGUAAAACAUUAUUUACUUGCAUAUACUAUGCAAUACAGAAAAGACUCAAUAGCUGCCUGCAAAAGAUUAGAUUAUAUUAGUCACCUAACUCUAAGCUUCUCAAGGAGGGGAUUAUAUUUUGCUGCAGUGUGAAGUAUGUAUAUGUUUCCAGGAUCAGAGCUUAAGCUUCUCCUCACUAGAGGAGAUUUCUGUUUUUACUUCCUUCCUAAUGAUCACAUCAAUGAUCUCCAGAAAGAAGAUGCUGUAACAAACCAAGAAAGUAGAUGGAAUAGUAGCAAAAGUGGCAUGGAAGUCUAAAUUACUUUUUAAAGAGAAAGUAUGCUAAAACUUCUACACAGACAAAUCUUGAAAGAUAUUUUUGUGUCUUUGUAAUACUGCAUUAUUGUUAUUAGAGGCUGAACCAGCAAAGGAAGGGAUAUAAACUCUUGUCAUUCGGCUUUAUUAGUUAAGUACUAUGCUAAUGGAUGGUCUGAGGAAAUUUUGUAAAUAUCUCUCGGUAUUGACAUUCACUGGAAGAAUUGGUAUUUAAACCUUAUUUAAAAUGGAUACAGAAGAAAGAAACCAAAAUGAGUAAAUGCCACUCAAUAAAAAUGUUAACAGAAUCAAUACUUAUGUUGAGACUAUGAAAAUUUUUUAAUGUUGUAAGAUAUUAACAUUAAACUGUCUUUGACACAAUGUCUCCAGAAUUUAUUUUCUAAGAAGGCUGUGGUAGAUUAAUGCUUUGCUAGUGCAUUCUAGUUUAGUUCAAUCCUUCCUACCUUCAUCACCCCUUCCAUAUACCGUGUUUGAAGGUAAGAUCAAUUUCAGUUACAUGCUGUAUGUAAUAACUAUAAUAAAAAUAGUCCAGUGACUGUA